CGAGAGCGCCGGCGGGGUCGCACCGACCCCUCAUCCCCUGCCCGCCGGUGCCGCCGCACCGACCACCCGUCCCCCGCGGCCGCCCCGGGCACCGCUGUCGGAGCCGCCCCGCGCCCGCCCCGCGCUCCGCCCUCCGCCGCCACCACCGAGCGCUCCUCCGGGCCGCCCAGAAGGGCUCGGGGCCGCUCUCUGCGGCGGCGCUUUCCGGUUCCGUGCCGGCCAUGCUGCGCUGCUGCCGGGCGGCCGCGGCCAUCGCGGCGGGCGGCGGGCGCGGCACCGGCUCCCCGGGCGGGCGGCGCGGCCUCGCCAUGGCCAAGAGCAAGUUCGAGUACGUGCGGGACUUCGAGGCGGACGACACCUGCCUGCCCGACUGCUGGAUAGUGGUGCGGCUGGACGGCCGCAAUUUCCACAGGUUUUCUGAGCAGCAUGAGUUCAAGAAGCCAAAUGAUGACCGUGCCCUGCAGCUGAUGACCAGGUGUGCCCAGACAGUGAUGCAAGAACUGGAGGACAUUGCUAUUGCUUAUGGACAGAGUGAUGAAUAUAGUUUUGUCUUUAAAAAGAAGACCAGGUGGUUUAAAAGAAGAGCAAGUAAGUUCAUGACUCACGUGGUCUCCCAGUUUGCCUCAAGUUAUGUUUUCUACUGGAAGGAUUACUUUAAGGACCAGCAACUUCUGUACCCACCAGGAUUUGAUGGACGAAUUGUGUUGUAUCCCAGCAACCAGAACUUGAAGGACUAUCUCAGCUGGAGGCAAGCAGAUUGCCAUAUUAAUAACCUUUAUAAUACAGUGUUUUGGAUGCUUGUACAGCGAAGUGGUUUGACACCAGUGGAAGCACAGGACAGGCUCCGGGGAACUUUGGCUGGAGAUAAGAAUGAAAUCUUAUUUUCUGAAUUCAACAUAAACUACAACAAUGAACCUUUGAUGUAUAGAAAAGGAACUGUCUUAAUAUGGCAGAAGCUGUAUUUUCAGGUUAAUGAAAUCAUCACGAAGAAAAUAAAGCUGCCAAAGGAAGCAGAAGAAAAGGAAGUGGAAGUGACCCGGACUAAGACUAAAGUUGUUCCUCUGCACUGUGAUAUCAUUGGGGACCAGUUCUGGGAGGAAUAUCCUGAGAUUCUGGCUGAGGAUAGUUGAUACCUCUGACAAGUAAAUUGGUAGUUUACAUUUUGCUCUGCUUGGGUUGUUGGCCACUGAGUAAUACGGAUGGUGGCUGGCAGAGUUUAACCUGUAACCCUCUUCAGCAGCUCCAUUGGUUUUAUUACUGUUGUUGCCUAAAAAGAAGACACUGGUGUGUUGUCUGACAUACAAGGAUAUGCCCAUAUGGAGAGCUAAAAUCAUAUUAUAUUUUGAAUGUUAAGAACUUGUCAUAAGUUAAGACUGCUCCUUCCUUGUACAUGUGUAUUUGUAGAAAAAGUGUACAGAAAUUCCCUGCAUUUCUGUACCAGUUAACAAGUGAGGUAUUUUACUGAACUGCUGAACCAUAAAAAAGUUUGCAUAUUUGAACAGAAAAUUAUUAAUUUUAUUUUUGUUUCAACUGAGUUGGACCAGAAUACUCAAUUGGCAUAUAGUAUUUCAAUUCAAGGCCAGUGUGUUUGGUCAGAUGAGUGACACACCAUUCAGCUGCCUAAUGUCUGAUUCUUACUGAAAGGAAAUGGAGCGGCUCAGCAGUUUCCUGACAGAUCUUAAAAGUUUUUGUCAAAUGUACAGGAUUUUUAUACUUGUAAAAAUUAAAAAUAAUAAUAAUA